AUGGACCCAGAGUUAGACAACAUCAUAAGUAUUUUAAAUCCAAAAACAACCCCAGUCUCAUCCACUCAAGCUCGAUUUCGAAUUCGAAACUCCAAACCUUCCCCAAACAAUAUUCGAAGCCGUCAGUCUCAUUCAUUACCUCCACAAAAAUCCCAGGUGCAAGUAAAAACUGAAAAAUCAAUUGAUGUGAAACUUGAUGAAGAGGAAGAAGAGCUCCCUGACUCCGUCAUCCAAAAUAUCAAUGAAUUUUAUAAAGUUGAAGACGAAGAAUUCAAAAAAACAGUCACAACUGGGAAAACUGGAGCUCCUAUAUUAUGAAUGAGGCAUUUUACUAAAAGAGAGGAAAAUGAUAUCAAAAAUGAAACAGGUGUGGCUACUUGAAUUAAAGGGAAAAGAUUUUUGGUGUUUAGGCCUUAUAUUGAUCCUAUGAAUAUCCAGCCAAAAUUGAACCUCGAAACGAAUUAUUUUUUCAGAAUGAUGCAUUCAGAUGUCAAACUUAUUAGGUAUACGUUGGAAGAUAAUGGAUUUAUAGAAGCUCCACCGAAUAAAAAUAAUUGAACUAUUAUGUGGCAUGGAGGGCCGAUUAAAAUGAAUGUUUAUCAAGCACUAUCGAAAUAUCAAAAAGUAAAUCACUUCCCAAGAAGUUAUGAAAUCACGAGAAAAGACUUGAUGUAUAAAAAUUUAGCAAAAAUGCAAGUUCUUUAUGGGACAAAAGCUUAUGAUUUUGUACCCAAAACGUUUAUUGUACCUCAAGAUGCAGGACAGCUUGAAUUUGAAAUGGCAAAUGAAGAUACAGUCUGGAUUGUAAAGCCAAGCGCCAGCAGUCAAGGAAAAGGAAUAUUUUUAGCUACAAAAUUCAGUGAAAUCCCAAAAUCAGGACAUGUGAUAUCACAAUAUAUUGAUAACCCUUUAUUAAUUCAAGGGUUGAAAUUUGACUUGAGGGUUUAUAUUGCUAUCACAUGCUUCAAUCCUUUAAGAAUUUAUAUAUACAAAGAUGGCUUGGUUCGGUUUGCUACACAAAAAUAUCAAGGGACUGGCAAAGGAAGCAGGUUUAUGUAUUUGACAAACUACUCAGUCAACAAAUUUUCUACGAAUUUUGUAGAAAAUACUAAUGCUUUAGAAGAUGGAAAAGGCAGCAAAUGAAGCCACACAGCCUUGAGAAAGCUUUUCAAACAAGAAGGCAUUGAUGAUACCAAAAUCUGGGAAAAAAUAAAAGAUAUUGCAAUCAAAACAAUUCUUUCAAUAGAAGGAAUUGUAUUUUCAGCCUGCGAAAUGCAUCUCCCAUACAGAAAUAAUUGUAUAGAGCUCCUAGGAUUUGACAUAUUAAUUGAUGAUAAUUUAAAUCCUUGGCUUUUAGAAGUAAAUUUAUCACCUUCACUUAACUGUGAUGCACCUAUAGAUCAAAAAAUCAAAGGCGAAUUAAUUGCUGAUUUAUUUACUUUAGCUGGAGUAGUACCAACAGAUCAAAGAAAUGGUGGGGACAAAGCAAACGAAAAUAAAGCUUUAAACUAUGCUGCUUAUAUGGAACAAUUUAUGACAUUGUCAAAUAAGAAAAAGAAUAAAAAAGCAGGCUGGAAUUUUGAUAAUAAGCCAUACUCAAGUGAAAGCUUAAAAGAUAUUGAUAGCCGAGAAGAAAAAGGGAUUAUAAAGGAAACAAAUUAUGAGUAUAAAAGAAGAGGGGGUUUCGAGAGAAUUUUCCCUUCAGAAAUAUCGAUAAAUUAUAAAAAUUUCUUUGAAAGAGAAAGGCCAUAUAAUGCAUUGCUUUGCAAUAAAUUUGGAAAAAUACAUAGAAAAGGGCAAGGGGGCUCAGCAGUUAUAUAUAGGAAGCCACCUAGAAAUCCAAGUAAGACUCAAAUUGAAUAA